GAAAUGCAAAGGUUACUCAUAAAAGGAAGAAAAUUAAAAAAUUAAAAACCGAAAUUGAAGGGAGCUGUCGGCCAUAAAAUGACCCCAGUUCACUGCACUUGGCAACAAUGGCAAGUCUGCUUCUGGGUUCAUUCACGCUCUUCAUAGUCUUUACACGAAGAGAACAAUAGAGAAAAACAGUAGACCCGAGAUCCCCAAUCUUUUCACUCCGACCACGGAAAGUAAAAAGGGGUGUAUAUAAUAGCGGAUAUCUGCCCCUAGAAAACAUGGCUCAGGUGAAAUAUUCUCGAGUCGAUGGGAGGAAGUCUUCAAGUUACCGUUCAACCAUAUCUAUAGUGGUUUUUGUUGCAUUUUGUUUAGUUGGGAUUUGGACUUUAAUGUCGUCCAUUGUUCCAACUCAGAAUUCGGACUUGACUUCAGAGGAAGCCGUAAAUCAAGUGGUGACUGAAAAUGGUUCUAGGCAAUUCGACAGUUCAGGUGGUUUGCCUGAGGAUUCUACAAAAGAAGAUAGCAACACAAGAAAUGACCAAAACAUAAUCGAAAGGGAGUCUGGGAAUGUUGCCGAGGAAAAUCAGGAGAAAGUGGCUACAAAGGAGAGCUCUGACAGUGAGCAGACAGGCUUAGAGGAGAGACAGGGUAACAAUGAAUCAGACUUGGUUGAGGGUGAAAAUAAAAUUAACACAGACGAGAGUCAAGAUGGACCAAAACAGGUAGAUGAAGUGCUUGGUGAGACUGUCGAAAAGGAUGCUACUGAGAAUAACAAGGAAAUCCAGGAAAAAAAUCAGGGCUCAGAUGAGCUUUUACCUGCUGGUGCUCAGUCUGAAAUUUUGAAUGAAACUAACACUCAAAAUGGGGCUUGGUCAACCCAAGCAAUAGAGUCCGAGAAUGAGAAGGAAUCACAACAAUCUUCAAUAACUAAGGAUGACAGUGACUGCAGAUGGAAACUUUGCAAUGUAACUGCUGGGCCGGACUACAUCCCUUGCCUUGACAAUUGGCAAGCUAUUAGAAAGCUGCCAAGUAUGAGCCACUUUGAACAUCGAGAAAGGCAUUGCCCUGAUGAAGCUCCAACAUGUCUUGUUCCUCUACCUAAAGGAUAUAGGCAGCCAAUUAAGUGGCCGGAAAGCAGAGGAAAGAUAUGGUAUUACAACGUUCCCCACACAAAGCUUGCAGUGGUUAAGGGGCACCAAAAUUGGGUUAAAAUUACCGGUGAAUACCUCACUUUUCCUGGUGGUGGAACUCAGUUCAUAAAUGGGGCUCUUCACUACAUCGAUUUCAUUCAAAAAUCUCUUCCUGCCAUUGCAUGGGGGAAAAGAAGCCGUGUGAUAUUAGAUGUUGGGUGUGGAGUGGCUAGCUUUGGAGGUUUUCUUUUCGAAAGAGAUGUUCUUGCAAUGUCUUUUGCUCCCAAAGAUGAGCACGAAGCUCAAGUACAGUUUGCACUUGAACGAGGAAUCCCUGCCAUAUCAUCAGUUAUGGGAACUAAAAGACUUACCUUCCCUAGUGGUGUAUUUGAUGUUGUGCACUGUGCACGCUGUAGGGUCCCAUGGCACAUUGAAGGUGGUAAACUUCUUUUGGAGCUGAAUCGCGUCUUGCGACCUGGUGGUUACUUUGUCUGGUCUGCUACUCCGGUUUAUCGGAAGAAUCCUGAAGACUCGGGCAUUUGGAAAGCAAUGUCUGAGCUAACAAAGUCAAUGUGCUGGGAUCUGGUGGUGAUUGGAGAGGACAAAUUGGAUGGAGUGAAAGCAGCAAUAUACAGAAAACCAACUUCCAAUGAGUGCUAUGAAAAGAGGCCGCAAAAUGUGCCUCCCAUAUGCAAAGAAUCUGAUGAUCCAAAUGCUGCCUGGAAUGUACCGAUGCAAGCAUGCAUGCACAAAGUGCCAAUCAGUGCAUCAGAGAGGGGGUCUCGCUGGCCUGAGCAAUGGCCACGAAGGUUGGAGAAAGCACCUUACUGGUUGAAUUCUCAGGUCGGAGUCUAUCGCAAAGGUGCUCUGGAGGAUUUCACUGCUGACUACAAACACUGGAAAAAUGUUGUCUCCAAGUCAUAUUUGAAUGGGAUGGGAAUCAAUUGGUCUUCCGUGAGAAAUGUUAUGGACAUGAGAGCUGUAUAUGGAGGGUUUGCUGCGGCACUAAAGGACUUGAAAGUGUGGGUUAUGAAUGUAGUCCCGAUCGACUCUCCGGACACACUCCCAAUAAUAUAUGAGCGUGGUUUAUUUGGAAUAUAUCACGACUGGUGUGAAUCAUUUAAUACCUAUCCCAGAUCUUACGAUCUUCUCCAUGCCGACUAUCUCUUCUCAACUCUUAAAAGGAGGUGCAACUUAGCGGCAGUGUUUGCAGAGGUUGAUAGGAUCCUUAGGCCAGAAGGAAAGCUGAUCAUACGGGACGAUGGUGAAACUGUAGAAGAAGUCGAGAAAAUGGCUAAAUCUUUAAAGUGGGAGAUCAGAUUAAUUUAUUCAGAAGACAAUAAGGGAUUGCUUUGUGUUCAGAAGACAUUGUGGCGUCCCACAGAGAUGGAGACAAUUAAAUCAGCUAUCGCUUAAGCAUGAUGCUUCAACUGACUUACUGUCCGAGGCUGCUCUCAUGCUUAUAUUAUUAGUCUAUUACGUUCGUUUUUUUAAACGUAAUAUCCAGAUUUCUCUAUUUAUACAUUAUAUGGCCGAUUAUUCUGUCUCAGCUAUGUGUUUUUUACUGCAUUUAUUCCAUUUUUUCGUGCUUAAGUUAUGGUCCUUGAUAUCUGAAACUAUUUUCUCAUCGUAUUAUCGUUGAUAUAAAUGCCCGGAAAGUUACUC